GGAUCGCCGGAGGGACCGAAAAGGUUGGGGGCGGGGGCAGCCGACUGAAAGUACUAUACUUAACUGGGUGGGAUGCGGAAAGCAAAAGGCCCUCAAGACUUAGAUGCUGCUACAGAGGCCUGCGAGAACAGAUAACGCGGGUGUGGUCCUUAUCUGAACCAGCCGAAGAGAGACUUUGGACUCUACCUCCUGGAUCCCUCAUUUUCUUGUGCUUCUCGCUAUUUGGUGGAUGAGUCUUGUCCCCAGGUGAAAACCUCGUUGUUCCACCCGCCCAAGCACUCAGGUGCGGUCACUUUCCUCUAAUUACUAAGUGGCCUAGGGUGGAACGCGGAACCGCGAGGCCUCUGGAGUGCAGGGCGCCCCGCAGUUUGCCUGUCAGUAUCGCCCGCUUUCCCCAGGCUUUCUGAUGGGCCGUACCGUGGUCGUACUGGGCGGAGGCAUCAGUGGCUUGGCCGCCAGUUAUUAUCUGAGCCGAGGCUCCUGCCCGCCAAAGGUGGUCCUGGUGGAGGGCAGUAAACGUCUGGGAGGCUGGAUCCGCUCGAUUCGGGGGCCGGAUGGUGCAAUCUUUGAACUUGGACCUAGGGGAAUUCGCACGGCUGGAGUGCUGGGAGCCCAGACUUUACUCCUGGUGUCUGAGCUUGGCUUGGAUUCAGAAGUGUUGCCUGUCCGGGGAGACCAUCCUGCUGCCCAGAAAAGGUUUCUGUAUGUGGGUGGUGCGCUGCAUCUCCUACCCACUGGCCUCAGGGGGCUCCUCCGCCCUUCACCCCCCUUCUCCAAACCUCUAUUUUGGGCUGGACUGAGAGACUUGACCAAACCUCGGGGCAAAGAGUCUGAUGAAACCGUGCACAGUUUUGCCCAGCGCCGCCUUGGACCUGAGGUGGCAUCUCUAGCCAUGGACAGCCUCUGCCGUGGGGUGUUUGCAGGCAACAGCCGGGAGCUCAGCGUCAGGUCUUGCUUUCCCAGUCUUUUCCAAGCUGAGCAAAGCCAUCGUUCUGUAAUCCUGGGGCUGCUGCUCGGGACAGGGCGGAGGCCACAGCCAGACUCAGCACUUAUUCGCCAGGCCCGGGCUGAGCGCUGGACCCAGUGGUCACUCAGAGGAGGACUGGAGAUGUUGCCCCAGGCCCUUGACAGCCACCUGACUAGUAGGGGGGUCCAUGUUCUCAGAGGCCAGCCAGUCUGUGGGCUCAGCCUCCAUGCAGAAGGGCACUGGAAGGUCUCUCUAGGGGAUAGCAGUCUGGAGGCUGACCACAUUAUUAGUGCCAUUCCAGCUUCAGAGCUCAGUAAGCUGCUCCCUGCUGAGGCUGCGCCUCUGGCUCAUGUCCUUAGUACAAUCACUGCCGUGUCUGUAGCUGUUGUAAAUCUGCAGUACCGGGGAACCCAUUUGCCUAUCCAGGGAUUUGGACAUUUGGUGCCAUCCUCUGAAGACCCAGUUGUUCUGGGAAUCGUGUAUGACUCCAUUGCUUUCCCCGAGCAGGACGGGAAUUCCCCUGGCCUCAGAGUAACUGUGAUGUUGGGAGGUUCCUGGUUACACACAUUGGAAGCUAGAGGCCAUGCCCUAUCUCAGGAGCUGUUCCUACAGCAGGCACAGGAAGCAGUUGCCACACAAUUAGGAUUGAAGGAGCAACCAAGUCACUUCUUGGUCCAUCUACACAAGAACUGCAUCCCCCAGUACACACUAGGUCACUGGCAAAAAAUGGAGUCGGCUAUGCAGUUCCUGGCUGCUCAAAGGUUGCCUCUGACUUUGGCUGGCGCCUCGUAUGAUGGGGUUGCUGUCAAUGACUGUAUAGAGAGUGGGCGCCAGGCAGCAGUCAGUGUCCUGGGCACAGGACCUAACAGCUAAUCCCCAACUCCUACCCAUGAAAAUAAAAGUUGAUUAGGGGCUGGGGACUUAGCUCAGCGGCAUAAAGCGCCUGCCUUGCAAGCAGGCAGUCAUGAGUUCGAUCUUUGGUACCAAUUAAAAAGGAAAAAGACAAAAAAAAAAAGAAAAAGAAAAUAAAAGUUGAUGGUGCUUAA